AUGAGCCAUUUAGGACCAACACCUUCUAUAAUUGGAAUUGGUGUCAGUAUGAGCCACUUAGGACCAACACCUUCUAUAAUUGGAAUUGAUGUGAUCGUUGUGUUGUCCGUCUUCCUCCUUGUGGCCGCUGCCAUGGCCAGCCCCAUGCCCGACCCUGGCUAUGGUGGCUAUGGUGGAGGAUAUGGUGGCUAUGGGGGCGGAUAUGGAGGUGGAUAUGGCUAUGGUGGUGGAUACGGUUAUGGUGGUCGUGGAUAUGGUGGCUACGGCGGUUAUGGAUAUGGACGCUGA